AUGUUCAAGAAAUUCGAUGAAAAAGACAAUGUUUCCAGUGUUCUACAGCUGAAGUCAUCCGUCCAGAAAGCCAUAAGGGUCAAAUUGCUAGAAUCAUAUCCCCAUUUAGAAAACUUUAUCGAUGUGGUUUUGCCGAAAAAGGACUCUCUUAGGAUAAUAAAAUGCCACGACCACAUAGAAAUUAUAGUUAACUCAAACGGCGAGUUACUAUUUUUCCGGCAGAGGGACAGCCAAUGGAUGCCAACGCUGAAGCUAUUCCACAAAUAUCCCUUCUUCUUACCGAUGCACCAAGUUGACAAAGGGGCCAUCCGAUUCGUUCUGAGCGGUGCAAAUGUCAUGUGUCCGGGUUUGACCUCGCCCGGAGCUAAAAUGACGGAUGUUCCAACUGAUACUGUUGUAGCUAUUAUGGCUGAAGGAAAGGAGCACGCUUUAGCUAUCGGUAAAACUGCUUUGUCUUCGGAUGAUAUAGCAAAAGUCAAUAAAGGUAUAGGCAUCGAGAAUUGCCAUUAUCUAAAUGACGGGUUAUGGCAAAUGAAGCCCGUUAAGUAA